AAGCUGGCUGAACAUUGGCAGAUGGCAGGCAUCUUCUAGGGAAAGUUGGGCCUAAGGAGGGAGACGGGAGAAAGUUCUUCACUUCCCUAGAGGCAAGGUUCUCCUCCGUUAACCAUUACCUCAGGCAGUCGUGUCUUGAAGGAGGCGGGACUUGGGGAAGGAAAAGGAGGGUCAGCUGCUUGAGGUGAACCUUGUCCCUACCCUGAACACCCGGCCCUGACAUGGAAGCAGCAACAGAUCUCCAGGACACAGCCACAUUAAAUCUGAAGUUUAAAUUUAACCCCAAGCUGGGGAUUGAUAAUCCUGCACUCUCAUUAGCUGAUGACCAUGACCACCUUGAUUUCUGGGGCCGUCAGCGCCCCCGUUUCUGUCUGUUGAGCAAAGAGGUGGGGGGGACAUUUGGCUUCUGCCUGCAUAAGGAGCUGGGCCAGACUGGGCACAUAGUCCGAAAGGUGGAACCAGGCACUUCUGCUCAGCGCCAAGGACUUCAGGAUGGAGACCGGAUCCUGGGGGUCAAUGGGGACAUUGUGGAGCAUGAGGACUACUAUGGGGUGGUCCGGCGAAUCCGGGCUAGCGGUCCCCGGGUGCUGCUGAUAGUGUUGGCAGGGAACAUGGAGGAGGUUGCUCGUGCUCAUCAGACAGAUGGUGCCCGUCUCUGUCCUGUCCUGGAUUCUGGUGUCCGACCUCGGCUGUGCCACGUGGCGAAAGAUGAGGGUGGCUUUGGCUUUAGUAUCACCCACGGAAAAAGGGGCCUUUUCUGGUUGACGUUGAGUUGCGGAGGAGCAGCAGAGCGGGCUGGGAUCCCCCAGGGGGCUCGGUUGCUGGAAGUCAAUGGGAACAGUGUGGAGAAUUUCUCACAUAGUCAGCUCAGCAGAAAGCUUCGGCAGAGUGGGGAGAAGGUAGCCCUCCUGGUGGCAGGGCCAGAAGUGGAAGAGCAGUGUCGUCAUCUGGGAUUACCCCUGGCUGCCCCCUUGGCUGAGGGCUGGGCACUGCCUGCCCGGCCACGCCAGUUGCAUCUAGAAAAAGGACCCAAGGGCUUCGGGUUCUUGCUUCGAGAGGAGAAAGGCCCCAAUGGCCAGCUUGGGCAGUUCCUGUGGGAGGUGGAUCCAGGGCUGCCAGCAGACCAAGCUGGGAUGCGGGCUGGGGACAGAUUGGUUGCUGUGGCUGGGGACAGCGUGGAGGGACUGGGCCAUGAGGAGGCUGUGACCAGGAUUCGGGCCCAGGGAUGUCAUCUCUCUCUGAUCGUUGUGGACCCAGAUGCUGACAGCUUCUACAGCAUGGUCCGCUUAUCUCCUCUCCUCUUCUUAGAGGAUGCUAGUCCCCAAGCAGAUGACCCAGCUUCUUCCCAGAAGCUUCCUUUAGUAACCCAGGAGGAGGCUCAAGCAUCCUUGGCAACAGAUCUGGCCUCACCACUUGAAGUUUCUACCUCCCUUGUUCCUCCUGCCCUACCUAGCUUCUGUCAAUGCCUUCUGAGCCCAGGGCCUAAUGGUGGUUAUGGUUUCCAACUCAGCUGGGGGGCUGACAAGCCUAAUAUCAUCAUUUCCCAGGUGACUCCAGGGGGCUCAGCUUUCCAAGCAGGACUUCGUAUGGGGGAUGUGAUUCUGGAGGUGAAUGGACAAUCUGUGAGUAGGGAGAAUGUUCUCGAAGUCAUGCAGCAGCUGAGUGAUGCUAAGCCGCCCCUUCAUCUGAGGCUGGCAGCCCAGGGCAGACGAGGCAGUGAGACCUGCAGCUCUUUAGAACCAGGAAAGCAUGAUGAAAUUGAGAUAACAUCCAUUAACAGGAGCAUCUGUGGACCUCAUCAAAGUAACUAUGAACAAAAACUUCAACUUGGACUUCAUACUGGAUCAGCUCCAACACAGCAGUAGACAUUUUUGAUACCCAUACAUUGAUCCUUCAAUCAAUUUACAGUUGUGUUAGUUCCAGCAUGGAUCUCCUGUAUAUCCAUUUGAUCCAAUCCAGCUGCCUUUCAAAUGUUCUCUUUAAUACCAUCUAUAGUAUUGUCAUACUUUAAUACCAUAUCUAUAUGCACAUAUGGAACCAUGAUGUUAUAAAUGAAUGAAAAAGCAUUACUAUAUGCUAAGUACUUCGUGAAGUACUUGGGAUACAAAUACAAAAGGAAAGGCAAUCCCUGCCUUGGAGGAAUUUACAUUCUAACAGAGAGAAACAACAUACAAGUGGCAGUGAUGGGCUGGAAGAGGGCCUUUUGGUUCUCAACAUUAUAGAAGUGUAAAUGAGGUCACAGAAGCUUAGAUAGAUAUAUCCCUUCUAGGAGAAAAUGACACAGUUGAUUUCAUCAUGGUUCCAGAUCUGAGGAAUUGGGAUGGUACAUGUGGCUGCUGGUGAGGCUGUUAAGAAGGUGGGAGAAUAGGGAAUGAAGUGAAGCAAGACUGGGAUCUGACUGAAAUAGUGAUCCAGAUAAGACAGUCACCAGUCUGGACAGAGGAACCAGCCCCAUGCCAGAAGUUCUUAAGGUGGAAAGGGUGUGGGGGAAUCUCCAGAGUAUGGUUUCUGGAAUGGGAGGCUAAGUUGUCACUAAAAUGUUGAGAAAAUAGCUGGCAGUAGGGAAUGUUAGAAUCCAUCUGCUUGGGGUGAAAACAAUUAUAAUUUUAUAAAUCUUUCACAGUUUUUCUGUUUAUUUUCCUUCUUGCAUUUUUGUUUUUAUGUGUCCUUGAAAUGAUUUUGCUUAACUGGAUUGCUUGCUAAGUUUUCUUUAAACCAAUAUUACCCCUUUACUGAUUCUUUCCACUAGAUAACACUCCUCAUAACAAUUUUUCAUCCUUAUUUGUAAGAUUUUACAAACAAGUUUAUAUUCAAAAUCCAUGUUGUUUUUGACCACCAUAUUUUUCCACUUCAUAAGUAAGUCAACUAUUUGUGAACUCAGGUACUUUCUGGUCUUGUGGUGGCAAUUUAUUUACAUGGGUUAAGCUUCUAUAUAAUAUUAUUAUAAUCAAUGCAGAUGUUAUUUCUCUUGCCUAUUUUCCAUUAUUUAUGACCAAUUAUUUGUUGAGAUAGUUCAGGAUUGAAUUGCUUCAAUUAGAUGCCAUACCCUUUUCUCCUUUUUUUCUCUCUCCAACCCUUCCCCCCUUCCCCUACCUUGCUCCCUGUCCCUUUCUCUUUACUUAUUCUGAUCUUUGCUCUGACAAGUCAGUGAUCUGACUGAAAAAGACAGUUGAUUCAGGGAUAAAUCCCAUAUGAAGAAUGAGUCUUUUUGGUCUGUUAAAAUAUCCAUUUUUUGUGUGUGUAUAUGUGUGUGAUGUUAUUUGGUGCUCACUAUUUGUAGUGUUUACCAAUUUUUUUCUUGAAGAAAGUAUUCAUGAUAUAAAGGCAUGAAGUUUCUGUGUAGUCUAUAA